AGUCAUCGUUUUCGCAUUCGUGUGUGCUUUAUCUUCAAUUCAACAACAACAACAACAUUAAAAGUGUUCAAAAUGAAAUUCCAAGCAUCGUUGGCUUUGAUCGUAGUUUGCGGUUUGGUUGCCUGCAGCCAGGCAUUGCCUGCCAAGAAAAGAUUGGCCUACUACCCACAACCUGCCGCGGCCCAGUACUAUGCCGCCCCACAACGCAUGAUGUUCAUGCGUUACGUCCAGCCCUCGUACGGUAAUGCUCGCUCUCACCAAGCCGCCGCCGCGCUCGUCGCCGGCGAUUCUGUCGCCACUGAUUGUAUUCACACAGGCGUUGAUGGUGUUGCCGCCGCUGCUGGACCCGUCGAAGCUGCCAGUUUCUCUGGUGAUGUGCAAGAUGAUGCUGUCGCCGCUGCUGGUGCCCAUGUCGCUCACUCCAUUACCGAAGCCUAUCCUGCCGCAUCUGCUGAAGAGCAACAUAAGAUAACCGUGCAAGUCGAUUUGGACCCUGCUAGCGCUGAGGCUAGCGAUGAUGAUGCUAAGGAAGGCCGCGAAUACAGUUACGAUGCUCCUGUUGGUGGUGCCGCUGAUGUUGAGGUCAAUUUGGCUGGUGAAGUCGAAAGCCCCGAACCAGUUGCUCCUGGCUCCGCUGCUGAUGCUGCUACCGUUAGCGUUGGUCUUUCCGGCGCUGCUGCAUCCGAAGUACCUGUUGUAGGUGGUGCCUCUGCUUCCAAGGGUAUUGAUGUGAGCGUUAGCUUGCCCGCUCCAGCACCAAUUGCUCCAGUUGUUCCCCUUGCUGCCGCCAAACCAGCUAAAGGUUACUUGCCCGCCAAGAAGAAGGUGAUCGUUGAAUUGGAACAAGCUGCCGAAUCCGAAGAUGAUGCCGAUAACGCUGUUGCUGUUCAGGACGAUGAUGAUGUUGUAGAGGAAGACGAUGAUGCUUACGCUCCAGUACCAGUCGCUCCCAAAGUUCCCGCUCGUCGUCCUGUGGCCAAAAAGCCCGCUAAAGCUGGUUGCGCCGGUUGCGCGAAGGCCGCCAAGCCAUUGCCUGCCGGUACCUUCUUCCCCGUAGACUUUGGUGGCGCCACCGGUGGUGCUAUCGCUAUUGCCAACUCAUUCAGCACUGGUGAGAGCGGCUCCGCUACCAGCCACGCCAUCGCCUACGGCAACCCCGACCAAGCUCGCGCUCGUUUGCCCGCACGCAGGCGCCACUAGAAAUCUCACAAUGAAAUAGAGUUUAAUAAUUUUGUAAAAUCCAUAACCGCUAGUGCAACACAAAUGACUUGAAAACGUAAUGCCAGAACGAAUUACUUAUAAACCCCUUUAAAUUGUUUCUAUAAUUAAAUAUAAUUUUUAUUUUUUGUUUUAAACUUCUUAGCCCAAUUGUACAU